AUGCUCACCCGCCAGCAUCAAGUGUUCCUGGUGCCCUUCCGGCACCUUCUGUGGUGGACUAUCCAGCGGCUGCAGAGCUUUUCUGGGCUGCUGUUUGUUGACGAGAUCAGGCGAGGUCGCCUGGCGGUGUGGUAUUACCGGCUCCUUGGAGCUAAGCUUGGGAGGGAUGUGUUCCUGAACACUGUCAGGAUAUCCGACCCUGACCUGGUGACCGUGGGGGACGGUAGCACCAUCAACGAGCACGCCGAUCUCAGCGGGCACCAGAUUGUCGGAAACCGCGUGGUUUUCGGCUCCGGCGUGACAAUCGGGAGCGGGACUGUGCUGUUGCCGAGCGCCUACAUGGCCCCCGAGGCCCAAGUGGGGAACGGCAGAGUCGUCGGAGCGCUGGCGACGGCGGCGCACCCGACGCGGCGGAACAGCACCCCCAUGGCGCCGCCGACGCCCUUCACGGGAGUGUUCCUCCAGGUACUGGCGGAUCUGGUGAGCCUGUACUUCGUUGCGAUCACGGUGGGAGUGGCGGCGUUCGUCGGCUUCCGAUCGUUCUCCUUUAUGUUGGAGAUGGCCAACGUAUUUCCGGGAGAGCGCAUGUCCGCCCUCGGGUACGGGCCGCUGUCGGGCAGCACGAUGGCCUUCGCCUGCUACGCCGCGGUCUUCCUCCUCAGCCGUCUCUACCUCCCGGUCCUGCUGGUGUUCGGAGGCGCCGAUGUCGCGGUUGCGUACUCGUUCCUGACGGACACGGUUCUGGGCGAUGUAGGCCUACCCCGCGUGCUGGCCUUGGCGGCGGUGUCGGCGGUCGUGUUCCACGUUACCCACAUGGUCCUGUCCGUCCUGCUCAAGUGGGUGCUGGUUCAGAGGUUUUCCCAGGUGGAUGGUGUUUGCUGCACCACCUCCUGGCUGGGCUUCCGCAAGCAGAUCACGGACAGGCUGAUCAUGUCGGCGAUGAUGCGCUCGGUGCUCAUGUUCAACGGUAACCUGGGUAACUCGUUGUGGCUGAUGGCGCUGGGAGGCCCCGUGGGUCGUUGCGUCAGCGUGAUGCUCAACAAGAACAUCUACACGGAGCCGGAACUCUUGACCCUCGGAGAUGACAUGCACGUGGGCUUCGCGUCUAGCACGUACUGCAGCAUCUACACGGCCCCGAAUUCGUUCACCCUUAGGAAAACCUUCAUCGGCGACAGGGGCUUGAACGGCGCUGGUUCGGUCACCCUCCCGGGGGCGACCCUCCCCCACGGGGCCGCCCUAGGCCCCAACACUCGACUGGGGCCCUCCGACGAGGUCCGCGAGGGGGCCCUGCACCUGGGAUCCCCGGCCCCCGUGGUUGCGGGCCGGUACGAGUCCCCCCCGCGAGAGCUGUCGCGGCUGGAGCGCUGGCUGUACCUGCUGGCGCCCCUGCCGCUGGCGGCGGCGUCGACGGCGAUCACUCUGAGCGCGGCGUUCUGGCCGCUGCUGGCGCUUGCGAGGGCGGCGGAGGCGUUGGGGGGUCCCGGGGUGGCGUGCCUGUUGACCCCCCUCGCGUGGCUGGGGCUAGGGGUGUCGCUGGCGGUGACCGGGGCCGUGGGGAAGUGGACCAUCAUCGGCAAGCAGCACCCUUCGGAUACAAAGCUCUGGUCGGUGUACCACUACAGGACGCUGCUGGUCUUGUACCUUCAAAUCCACGCACACUUCCUGUUCGUAGACAUCCUGAGGCGAGGGAAGAUGUUCAACUGUUACGCUCGUCUGCUGGGGGCUAGCGUGGGUAGGGACGCCGACGUGGCCACCAUGUACUUCACGGAUCAUGACCUGGUGUCCAUCGGUGACCGGGCCGUAGUCCAGGAGGACUGCAUCCCCCACCCUCAGUUCUACUUCGAGGGAACCAUGAGCUUCAAGCCCGUCACGGUUGGGGCCGGCGGCAACGCGGGCGCGCGCAGCAUCCUCCUGGGCGGCGGCACGGUGAAGCCUGGAGGGUCUCUGAACACCCUGGGUCUCGCGGCGAAGGCCAGCGGGAUGCGGGGAGGGGAAGGGCGCGCCGCCCCUGAAGCCGAGAAGAGAAAGUCUCGGGCCUCGUAGUGUAAAGAAUGGCCGCUGUGGUCGUGAGCAAAGUGGUGAUGUCGGGCGACAGCUAUUGAAUCGCAAGGCAGGAGUGAAGCACUUGGUGUGCGCUGCUCCUCCAAGCGUGGGGCUGGUGUGUUGGGAGGGGGGGGGAGGCCGGGCACCGUUGGUGCUUUCGUUUUAUCAUCUGUGUGGUUGUUUUGUUUGCAUUGUUCGGUGUUGUCAGUCUCAACCGUAUUUGACAAUGUUUUGUGAUGGGUCCCGCUUUCUCCGUUAGCUCUGCGCUUGCUUCGGUGUGCUCGCUGAAUGCGUCCCAUUCCGCAUUAUGGUAGCAGCGAGAAACAGGGUGGGUGUGCCAGUGCCUAUCAAUAGGUGCACCCUGAGGGUGAAUUCAAGAGGCACAAUUUUACUCCUUGUUCGUGGUAUCUGUCCGACAGUAGUUCGUGGUCGUGUUGCGAUCCAUUCCGGAAUAGAGAAGAACAGCAGCAGCAGCGUUGGCGGCGGUGAGAGCUGUCGCGGAUGUGCUGCGAUGUGUUCCGAGCCAACGUGCAGAUACUCUGUCUAUCAGGUCAGGUUAGCGCUGGAGGAUUUUUGAUUCGAGUUGCGGCAAGUUGUGACAGUCAGUGAUAGGGCGCGUCUCCACCAACAGCAGCGGGGACUCUUUUUCCACCCGUGGCCUCGCACAACCAUGCUGUUGGAGCGGUUACCAGUUGUGUGUUUGGCGUAGGUUUGACUAGCGAGCUUGGUGGUGGGAGCUGCAUGGCUUUGUCGGAGGGACUUCUGCUGUGCAUGCUUGCCGGCAAACACGCUUCCAUGGGGUUGGUUUCAACCUACCGUUUCAUGUCAAAGAGCCGCUGCGAAGCUGGGUUGCUGAUUGUAACUGCGCCUACUGCAGUUUUUCUUUUCGCCAUCCCCGGCAAAGCAGAAGAGCAACAGAAGACGGCCGCUUGGGUUGUACGCUGCUGCAAGUUCAGCAGCUAGUAGGACAGAAGUACAGAUCGUCUUGCGAUUAGCGGUGUGACAAGAACGAUCUACUUCAUCUGCAUUUUUGCCGGGCGUUACGAUGAUAGUAACACGCCUUCUUUUGGUGAACCCUGCGACGAUUGUCGAUCGACCAGUUUUUAGCAGCAGCAGGAGCAUCUCAUGUGCACCGGCGGGGGGGGGGGGGAGNUUUCCUUGUUGGAUUGAUGUGCCUUAAUAUGCAAAAAAACCACAUGCGCGGUAGGCAACAGGUCGAGUAGUUCGCUUUAGGCGUAUGGCUGAGCUACUCCAUGGUACUCUUGUUGGUUGCUUCAUCGCUUAGGGAAGGUGUAAGCGAGAGGAACAACGUAACGAGACCUGCCCAUCCAAAGGUAGGUUCAGGUACGCGCCGAUGACUAGCUAGACUCAGUUUCCCUGUGUUUCGUUGCGUUGCCCUCUCGGUGACCCAAAAUGAUUUUGUCACCGAACCCGUAGGGCUGAAUUGCUCCGCAUCUUUUUUGACAAGAACCCGGGUUGUGUUUUUUCCAUCACGUUGUGCUGAGGGCUUGUCGCAGGGCCGUUCGUGUUUCGAGCCGAAAUCAGUCGUUGCUUGAAGUACCCACCGCCCGAAACAUGACUCUUGAGCGAGCGCUUGGGCUGUAUUUUCUCCGCGUGAUUUUCUGUGUAGUGGCGAAGCUUUCUCGCCUCCCGGGGAGGGGGGACUGGGUUGGUUGCGCUGCUGGAACUAGGGGUAUGACACCAACUCCGGGCAGGUUUGUGUGUUUUAGGGGCUACACAGCUUAGCUUGGUGAUGCUUCGCUAUAAUAGUGAUCGUGAGGGUUAGACUAUUGUCGGGGUAAUGGCUGACUGUAGAU